AGGGAACCGCUCAGAGCCGCGAUAACCAAGCGGCAGGACGAUUUCAAAUCGUUCGUUGCGUAAACAGUACCAGAAGCCAAUCACACGGCGCGUCUCACACGUAACCCCGGAAGUAACGUGCACAUGUGACCCAGGAGGCUGUGGGCCGAAUGUCAAAGCGGGAGGGAGGGCAGUGUGUGAAGCAGAGUGGCUGCUGGGAAUUAUAGUGAGGAGUGAGUUCCGUAUAGGAGAGUGAGCGGCUGAGUGUGAGUGUCUCGAGGCUGCACUGAGUCUAUGGUGGGUGUGACUGAGCUUCCCCCCAGCAGACAAGCCCCUCCUCUGUGCCUCAGUGAGUGGGAGGAGCCAUGAGUCUGCCAGUCUUACAGGGCACGGGAUUCCAGUUCAGGAGGAUCCUCAGCUUCUUCCCCCAGGACAUCAGCUUGGCCUUUACUUAUGGAUCCGGGGUGUUCAGACAGGCGGGCUCCUCCCACAAUGAUGUCAGGAACAAGAUGCUGGACUUUGUAUUUGCAGUUGAUGACCCCGUGACCUGGCACACAAUGAAUAUUAUUCAGAACCGGAGUCAUUACUCUUUCCUGAAGUUCCUGGGACCCAAACACAUCACUGCUGUGCAGAACAACUAUGGUGCCGGAGUCUAUUAUAAUACCCUGGUGCCCUGUGAUGGCCGACUGAUAAAAUACGGAGUUGUGAGCACAGAGACGCUGCUGCAGGAUUUGCUGCACUGGAGGACGCUGUACAUCGCAGGACGUCUCCAUAAACCGGUGAAGAUCCUGACUCAGCGGGACGACGGGCGCCUCAAAUCGGCAUUAACCUCCAAUCUGAAGAGUGCGCUCAACGCGGCUUUCCUCAUGCUCCCCGAAAGCUUCUCCGAGGAGGAACUCUACCUGCAGAUUGCGGGGCUCUCCUAUGCAGGAGAUUUCCGCAUGAUUAUUGGGGAGGACAAGGACAAAGUGUUGAACAUAGUGAAGCCGAAUGUUCCCCAUUUCCAGAAGCUUUACGCUGCCAUACUGCUCGACUGCCCCCUGGCUGUGUAUAAAGCUCAACAGGGCCGAGUGGAGGUGGAUAAAAGCCCCGAGGGGCAGUACCAGCAGCUCAUGGCUUUGCCCAAAAAACUGCAGCAGAACAUCACGGCGCUUGUCGACCCCCCGGGGAAGAAUCGUGACGUGGAGGAGAUUUUACUGCAGGUGGCGCAGGACCCUGAUUGCAGCAGUGUAAUACAGCAAGCUCUCUAUGGUAUUGUCAGAUCCUCCAGUCUGUCUCAGAGCGCCAAAGGGAUCGUCACUGCAGGAGUGAAGAAGUCGGUGCAAUACAGCUCCAAGAAACUCUACAAAAUGCUGCGCAGCCUCCGGAGGGGCAAAUCCUGAUGUUUAUUGUUUGGCUGUUCCCACCUCUUAUUUAUAUUCCUGUGUUACCCCUAAAUAUGUUGCUCUGUCUAUAACCCCAAUAAACUCUGUACUGACCCA